AUGGAUAGCGAGAGCAACCACCAACACGACGUCGUUUCUUCUCAAUCACUUGUUGAUGAAACAAUCGUCAGAACCCUAACAACACUGUCACUUCCCACUCUUCCUUUUGAUCUCAUUCCAGAAAUCCUCUCUAGGCUAUCGUUCACUAAGAAACACUUCCAACUAUCAACUGCAAGCCUCGUCCACACCUUAACCGUCUCCUCGGAUAAGUAUGUUCUCAAGUCGUACCCACUCGACUCUGUUUUCACCAAUGUUACCACUAACCCCAUCUCCGAGCUCCAGUUUCCUUUAAAUGUUUACUUUGUUGGCUCUUGCAAUGGCAUUCUCUGUUUCUUUGAAGAGGAUUGUCACAAAGGCUUCGUUCGCUUUCAAUUGUGGAAUCCUUCCAUUAGAAAAUUCAAGGAAUUGCUCCCUCUACAACAGCCACAUACUCAUUAUUUGUUUCUGUAUGGCUUCAGCCAUGAUCCUAUUACUAAUAAUUACAAGAUGGUGGUUGUUUUACGAGGACAUGGUAAUUUUGUUGACAACCAUGAAGUGAAGGUUCAUACUUUGGGCACCAAUUGUUGGAAAAGCAUUCAAAAUAUCCCUUUUGGUUGCGUUGCUUUGCAAAUUUCGGGAAAAUUUGUUAGUGGCACGCUCAAUUGGUUGGUUGCUAAAGAGUAUGAUAACAAGAUCCAAAUUUUUUCUCUAGAUUUGGGAAGCGAAACUUAUAAAGAAGUUUUGCUGCCUAGGGAGGUAGAUGCAUCUACUUUGCAUUCGCAGUUGCAUUCGCAGUUGGGUGUGUUGAGGGAUUGUUUGUGCAUGGUUUUUGGUUAUGAUGUUUGGGUUAUGAAGGAAUAUAAAAAUAAAGAAUCCUGGUCUAAAUUGUUCACUAUUUCUCACAUACCUGAUCUUCCUACAUAUUAUGGCAUUAUCAAAGUACUACAUAUUUUUGAGGAUGGCCAAGUGUUGUUAGAUUCUACAAACGGAUAUACAUGGAAAUUGAUUUUUUAUAAUUCUAGAGAUGGUACUUAUAAGUUUACUGAGUUUGAAUUCAGAUGUGAAGUCUGCGUUGAGAGUUUGAUAUCACCUUGUUUUUAA